AUGCAGUCAACAUCCCACCCCGAACACGAUGGAGCCCAGCGCGAAGAGAUGCUGAAGGCCUUGGCCAGCCGGACCCUGGCCCAGUUCGAGAUCGACGGCCUCUCAUCCGACGACGACGACGACGACCAGGACUACGAGGAGUGGGCCGGGAUCCCGAGCGAGCACGAGUCCGACGCCGAGGAGGAGGAGGGCUUCUCGGUCGCAGCCACUGACGAAGACUUCGACGGCCCCGAAGGUGUGUCCACGAGCCUCACGAUCCCCAGCCCGGAAACUCACGAGCCUUCUGCAGACCUCCUCCAGCAAUCCGACUCUCCCGCCCUCCGAGAACCACAGCAAGAGCCCGCCGUGGUCGUGUUCGCCGAUCCGUCCCGAGCGCGGUCGAAGCCCGGCCGCGAGCUGGGCCACCUGGAACGCACCUCCUUCAUGGCUUCGACCCUGCGCAAGCAGCUGGCCCACCUGGACCGCUCCCUGUCCACGCUAGUCGCCCACCUCUCGUCAGGGCCCCAGAAGAAGAAGACCCAGCCGGCGGACCUCGACCAGCUGCUCUGCCCCACCGCCCUCCCGCCGCCCUCGAAGGGCCUCCAGCAGCGCCAUCCCCGCCCGAUCAGCCGCGGCCUCGCCCGCGCCGCCCUCGACCGCAGCCUGGCCGCCGACCGCCAGGCUAUCGCCAGCGGCACCGUCCGCGCCGCCACCGCCAAAACCGUCUCCAAGCGCCACCAGCGUAGCCUCGAUGGCUCCGCCGCCCGCGACCGCAGGGCCAGGGCCGGCCACACCGACCGCGUGCCCCUCGGCAAACCCGGCCCCGGCGGGCUCAUCAAGCUCUCCCAGCACGAGAUCAGGAGCGCUACCAACCCCCGCCCUCAUCAUCCCCGCGGUAAUAAUCGGAGCAAGCCCAGGAGGUGA